AUGUGGCGGGGGCUGCCGGCGCUGGCCCUGGCCGCGCUGCUGCUGCUGGGGCGGGCGCCGGCGGGGCGGGCGGCGGCCUGCGAGCCGGUGCGCAUCCCGCUAUGCAAGCCGCUGCCCUGGAACAUGACCAAGAUGCCGAACCACCUGCAUCACAGCACGCAGGCCAACGCCGUGCUGGCCAUGGAGCAGUUCGAGGGGCUGCUGGGCACCAACUGCAGCCCGGACCUGCUCUUCUUCCUCUGCGCCAUGUACGCGCCCAUCUGCACCAUCGACUUCCAGCACGAGCCCAUCAAGCCCUGCAAGUCCGUCUGCGAGCGCGCCCGCGCCGGCUGCGAGCCCGUCCUCAUCCGCUACCGCCACGCGUGGCCCGAGAGCCUGGCCUGCGACGAGUUGCCGCUCUACGACCGCGGCGUCUGCAUCUCCCCCGAGGCCAUCGUCACCGCCGAGGGCGCCGAUUUCCCAAUGGAUUCUAAUAAUGGCAACUGUAGAGGCACCGGCAUCGAACGCUGCAAAUGCAAACCCAUAAAAGCUACCCAGAAGACCUACCUACGCAACAAUUAUAACUAUGUCAUUCGGGCAAAAGUGAAGGAGGUGAAGACUAAAUGUCAUGAUGUCACUGCAGUAGUGGAAGUAAAGGAGAUUCUCAAAUCUUCCCUGGUGAACAUCCCAAAGGACACUGUAAACCUUUACACAAACUCCGGCUGCCUCUGUCCACCGCUCAGUGCCAAUGAAGAGUACAUCAUUAUGGGCUACGAAGAUGAGGAGCGCUCCAGGUUACUCUUGGUGGAAGGCUCCAUAGCCGAGAAAUGGAAGGAUCGACUUGGUAAAAAAGUAAAGCGCUGGGAUCAAAAGCUCCGCCACCUGGGCAAGGGGAAAGGAGAGCCGGGACAAAGCGAUUCGGCACCGAAGACUGGGAAGGCCAGCAAUGCCCGGCAGGCUCGCAGCUAGAUGUGAAAUGCCCUACGCCAAAAUUCAGUGGACUAUCUGUCAAGACUUCACUGUUGGAGCAGCAAAGGAGAAAUUGCACUAUUGCACGUUAUAUUCUAUUGUUUACUACAAAAUGUUUUAGCUUAUAUUAGUUUUUAUUCUCCCUCUUGUUUUCUACCUUUUUUUUUUGUUUGUUUGUUUUUGGAUGUGUGCAAGCUCUGGAAAUAAUAUGUUCAUUUAUGUUACUAAGAACUGUAGAAAACUGCCUUUGUGAGGUGUGGGAAGGUCAGGAUAUGCUGAAGUUGCCAUUUUAACUCCCAGAUCUUCUAAGUGGGUGAACCUGUGCAAGCAGGAGAUCUAUUGCAGCCCAUCAUUAGUGACCCACACCAGCUUCCUUGGCUCAGUCAUUCUGAUCACAGCCUUGGUUGCUGCUUGCAAACCUCUUUACUGGGCCGGGGUUUGUUAAGUGCAUACGUUUUUAUUUGAAAAUAUAAGUGCCAUAUACAUACACAGGUUAGAGUCACAUGGCACUUCUGGAAAAAUUAUGAAAAGACAAUUUUUUGAAUUCUCUGGACCUUGUAGGAAACCUUAUGUAGUUCUGCCACAGCAGAACUUUAUUUAUCAUACACUUCUUCUCUUAUAAUGGCAGUUUCUUCUUCUUUUUUUUUUUUUUUUUUUCCUUCUUUCUGCUGAGUUGUAGGAAUAGACUGCCUUACCAGGCCUGCUUCUCAGUACAGGUCUGCACUUUAUCAUUCUGAUUUUCUGGUGUUAUUCUUCAAUCAGUGCCUAUAUAAACAAGUGUUCAAUACUCAGUAAAAUACGUCCAAUAAAAAAAAAUAAAUUGUAGUUGUCAAAAUGGACCUUAGCUGACAUUUGAACCAACAUCAUAUUUUUAUAUUGCUGUUCAAAAUAUAAAACCCUAAAUCCCUUCCUUUUUGUGCUUUUAUAAAAUUCUUUGCAGAUAGUAAUAACAUGUUUGAAAUUAAACACUCUGUUCUUCUGUUUUUCUUUUCUCUCUUGCUUGAAAGAAAUUAAAAUGAUGUAAAUAAAAUAACAGUUUUCUCCACUGUAAUAUACAGAGGGGAAACCACUCUGCUUACAAUGGCUGUUGGGCUUUCAACUAUGAGUAUUUUCCAUAGCCACCUGUUUUCCUGGCUCACCUAAAUGCACUUGGGCUGCCUCUUGUUAGCAAAGCAGUACUACAGUUGUUAGGUUGAAAAUGUGCUGGUAACAAGUACAUCCAGAAAUAUUUGGGAAUAUUUAUAAUAAUGUCAUUUUAAGAUUACAUUUAAUAAGAAAGGUGCUGGGGCAAGUUUUCCAACAAGCAGGAUACCAAGUAAGUUGAAAGAUAGAUCUGUUUCCUGCAAAACUCAAAAUCUGCGUGGGUUGAUUUGUUGUUGUUGUUGUGUUGGUUUUUGGUUUUUGUUUGGUUUGUUUUUGUUUGGUUUGGUUUGGUUUUUUUUUUUGUAGUUUGCAGUGGGAUUUAAGUCUUCAGCUGGUUUGGUGUUUGCUCAGAAUAUUGCACGGGCUGGCUCAGGAACUGUGGAAAGGCUUUCAAAGAAGAAGCUGAAUUUAAACAAAAAAAUCACAUCUGGAAACCUUGCUCUGGUGUAUUUUGGACAUUGUAGUUCGUUCUCAUCUACUCUAUUGGUUGGUUCCUGGCGUUUUCAGGCAUGCUGUCAGCAAGCAGGUGUAUGCCUGUGGUGGGUCAGAGCAGAUACAUCAGGAUGAACAUCAGUACUGUGGCAGCAAACUGACUUGAGGAGUGAGUAAACAGCAAGUCCUAUGAAGCCCAUUGCCAGUAUUAUCUAUCAUAUGUACUUACUGGGCUUUGGACUUUUUUUAUAAAGCAGUGAAUAGCAGGCAGUUCAUAUGAGGAGGAAGGAUUGUUGCACAAAAUGUCAAGAAAACUGCAAUUCUGAGUAAUCCUAUUUUCUGUUGUGCUCUUAUCCCCAUACUCAGAGCUUUCUUAAGAAAGCUAAGAAGUCUGUAAUUUUGCACCCCGCUUAAUUCUCAAUUAGAGAUUAAUCUAAUCUAUCAAAUAAUUUAUAUUCUGUGAUGUGAAAAUGUUUUUGUUUUUCUCCUCAAAUCUCAUUGACCUUUGCCUUGUGCUGCCCCUAUCAUUGCUUCAGAACUUCAGUGCUAAAAGGUAGCAUUUAACUCAGAUUGUAAAGGUCCUCCUCCCCAUCUAGAAUCUGCUCCAUUUGUCUCUGGAAGACACUUGUGCUUCAUCUUUUAAUGCCCUAGCUGUGUCAAAGGGAAAAUAAGGCUUUCUGGGGACAAAAGAGGAGGAAAGCAGUAGCUCUGUUCAUAACUGGUUUCUGGUCAGCUUUAAUGUUUUAUUUGCUAGGCUUGAAUUCAUGCCCAGUCUUUGUGUAAUCAACAACAUGAUGACAAGAAAGUGAGACAGCUGUGUUUAAUGCUGUUAACCUCUGCUGUUGUGCAUUUCCAGCAAGGACAGUGGGCCACAGUGACAUCCUCUGAAGGUGAGUGAAACUACUACUAGUGAUAGCAAUCUGCACCAGGCUGGUGAGGACAGCUGGUUACCUCAUGCUCCUGUUCAGCUAGGAGAGCAGCUGAGAGUAAGGGCAGCCUUGUUCAUAGCUUUUGUGCCCAUCACAUCGUGUCUUUGCUGGUGAGUCUCUUUAAAUGGUCACCCGUGUGCUGGAGAGAGCUAUUUUUCCUCUUUUUCCCAAGAUCUCUUCUGUAGCAGUAUAGAGACAACAUCUGUCUCCUAAUCCUUAAUUUUUAUCUGCAGUGAAGUGGCUUCAUGAGUCAUUGUCAAUCUACUGUGAAAAACUUUGUGUCUGUGAAAGACCUAAAGCAUUUGGUUGUUUCAGUUGAAAAUACGUGGACUUUCUUUUUCAGGUUUUUGGAGAUAGCACUAAAAUUGCGUAAGAGAAGUGCAAACAAGAAAGCAUGUGUGACAGCCAGCUUAUUGGCUGUGUAUAAUGUGGUUGUUUUACUGGGUGAUGCACAUGCCUAUGCAUGCACAUGUGACCAAGUGACAUGGGAUGUAUGGAAGGACUGAUUGAAACCAUGCCUUUCCCACAUCUGGGUUAUAUUAUUCCAGCAAGCAAAUAUGCAGCCCCAAAUCCCUGUGGAUAAUUAGCCUGACAUGUUGCUUAUCAGAAGGCACCCUUUCCCAGCAGAGCUCAGCAGAUGAAAAGAUGGGGGAGUAUUGAACACCAAAGAUAUUUGUGAGCCAUGCCUAAUUUCUGAUGGAGGUUCACUCGUGAUGUUAAUAGAUCUGCACAGAAGGUGCUGGCAUGUUAGAAAUAGUAUGAAAAUGACACACCUUCAUUUCAGCCUGUGUAUGAUUAUUUUUAUCUGUAAUUCCUUCUAUUAAAGCCAAGAGUAAGCAGAAUCUAUAUGGUGAGAACAACUUUCAUGUUUAUGUGAAUGAGAGUAGCGUGGUUCGUUUUUACAGCUUUGCAGAGAGAGUUCCAGGAGAAGUAGGAAGAAUAAAGGCCUCUUGUUCUUAGAAAGUCUGUUCUGAGAAAAAUCAGGAUCCUGAGAAAAAUCUGUUCUGCCAAAUCAGGAUCCUCAGGCUGUGUGCUGGGGAGGCUCAAGUGGAAAGAGAAAAUGUCAGUGUGUUUAAAGAGAGGGUAAGAUAUGAAAGAGUACGACUGCAUAAUAUCAGUCAACUAGAAUCAGGUAUUGUUCUUGUUUUUUUAAGAUUUGGGUGCAUCGAGCAUGAGAAAAAGUAGUGGUUGAGUUGUAAUAUCAAUGAUGGAAUGAAAAAUGGCUACACCAAGCUUAACUUAAGAAUGACUGUAGGGCCAGCUGGGAAGUAGCUGACUGCAAAGGACCCCAGCCUAGAGGCUGCCAAUGUCAGCAAAUUAAAUUGCACAACAUGCAGGGUGAGAUGCCAAAAUCAAUAUCCUGAAGUUUGUGGUAUAGAGUAGGUAGGUAAGUUAGUGAGAUAGUAAGAAGGAAUGAACAAAUUAACAUUACAUAUAUAUAGCAGGGCAGCUAGUACAGCUGGGGAUGCUUAAAUCCAGCUGUACAGGAGAGAUGUGCUGGCUACCAUUGCUUCUCUUCACUGAUAUGAAAUAAGACCAAUACCAUGGCAGCUGGUAGUGCCUAUUCCUAGUAGUUUGCAGACAAGAAGUUGGGAAUUCCACAUUGUCUCCAAGUUCUCUGGCAGCACUGCUGUCUUCAAACAGAUGUGCUUUGCUUUGCAAAUGCACAUGUAUUUGCAAUGCAAUA